ACGUGUGCCGUCAGAGAGAUUUGAUUUCGAUGUUCUCAAUGCAGAAGUUGCCAAUGACUAUGUAGAUUAUUGUUUGUUGAACCUUUGUUGAGAAUUGAAAUGUUGUAGGUGUGGAACAUCGAACAUGUUUAUCAAAGAGGUUGUCAUAGACGGCUUCAAGUCGUAUGCCCAAAGGACCGUCAUUUCUGGAUUUGACCAGCUAUUUAACGCCAUCACUGGAUUGAACGGCAGUGGAAAAUCGAACAUAUUGGAUGCGAUUUGCUUCCUGCUGGGAAUCACCAACCUCUCCCAGGUGCGCGCAACAAACCUUCAAGAACUUGUGUAUAAGAAUGGACAGGCCGGUGUGACAAAGGCAUCGGUGACUGUGACCUGGGAUAAUGCCGACAAGAAACACAGUCCAGUCGGCUACGAGGCAUGGGAUGAGAUUGUUGUUACGCGCCAGGUGGUCAUCGGUGGCAGGAACAAGUACUUGAUCAAUGGUGUCAAUGCCACCAACCAGCGCGUCCAGGACUUGUUUCGCUCCGUGCAGCUCAACGUCAACAACCCUCACUUUCUCAUCAUGCAGGGUCGCAUCACAAAGGUCAUGAACAUGAAGCCCCCUGAGAUUUUGUCUAUGAUUGAGGAGGCUGCUGGAACCAAGAUGUAUGAGACCAAGAAAGCCUCUGCUGAGCGUACGGUUGAAAAGAAAGAGACAAAGCUGCAGGAGAUCAACACGAUCUUGGCUGAGGAAAUCACACCAACCCUCACCAAAUUGAAGGAGGAGCGUUCGGCAUACAUGGAGUACACAAAGCUACAGAGAGAAGUGGAGUACCUCACCAAGCUCUAUAUUGCCUUUCAGUUUGUUACCGCGGAGGCAACACGAGAUAGCUCGGCUCAGCAGCAGGCUGAGGUGGCGGAGCACAUCGCCACUCUCAAGCGACGCAUGGGAGAGAUUGAUGGCGAGGUCAAGAAGAGUGUUGUGGAAAUGAGGGAGCUGGAGAAGAAGAAAGAAGCGGAAUCCAACUCCGGCUUGAAGCAGUUGGAAGAUAACUUCGCCAGUGCAAGCAAGGUUGUCGCUAAAGCUGAGUCCAUGCGUGACAACUGUAGGUCGUCCAUGACUGCUGAGCGGCGGAAGCAGAAGGAAGUAUCAAAGGGCAUAACUGAUGCCGAAGGCCAACAAGCUGGCAAGCAGAAGGAAGUGUCCAAACUCGAGUCGCAGCUGGAGAAGCUACGUGACGCCAGCGACAAGGAUGCCAGUGGUCUGCAGCAGGCUAAGAAGCACUUUGAGGCGAUCUCACAGGGAUUGUCUAGUGCGGAUGAUGGACAGGUGCAGACCCUGGCAGAACAGCUUAUGGGCUUCGAAGAACAAGUUAGCUCGUCUAAAACGGAACGAGAGCAAGCCACUGCCAGACUCAAGGCAGCCCAGGAGGAUGUGAAAGGCCAGCAGGCCAAGUGCAAGGCCUACGAGCAAGAGUACACGCGUGACACGGCCGCACUGGACGACGUCAAGAAGGCCGUGGCCAAGAUGAAGGCCAACUUGGGCAAGAUUGGCUUCGACCCUGCGGCUGUAGACAAGAUGACGGCGGAGCGGGAUGAGCUCCAUCACGAAUGUGAUCGUAUGCGCACAGAUCUGCAGAGGAUGGAGGCGAGCUUUCCACGGCUCUCUUUUGACUACAAGGAUCCCGAGCGUAGCUUUGAUCGACGGAAGGUACGCGGUAAGGCUGCUAAGCUGAUCAGCGUUCCGGACGAACGGCAUGCUACUGCAUUGGAAGUUGCCGCUGGUGCAAAGCUCUACAAUGUAGUGGUGUCGGACGAGGUUGUGGCCAAGCAACUGCUGGACAAAGGGCAGCUUCGGAUGCGAACUACGUUCCUGCCGCUGAACAAAAUCCAGAGCCACCCUGUAUCUGCCGACACCGUGCGGAGAGCACAGCAGCUGGUUGGAAAGGAGAAUGUCGACAGUGCUUUGGCCCUGGUCAAGUUUGCGCCGGUCGAUCGGCCGGCCAUGGAGUUCAUUUUCGGCUCGGUUCUCGUCUGCAGGACCAGCGACCAUGCGAAGAAGGUUUGUUUCGAUCCGCAAAUCAGGUGCAAGACAGUGUCGUGGGAUGGGGAUCUCUUCGAUCCGUCCGGUACCCUCUCCGGAGGAUCUCGACCUACUGGUAAUAGCUCCGUGCUGGUGCGUCUGCAAGCGUUCAGCGCUCGCCAAGCCGACUUUGAUGCCAAGGCACAGCGUGUUCAGCAACUGAACUCGCAGCUGGAAAUGUCUACGAGCAUGGCAGCCAACUACCAGAAGAUGUCCGAGGAAGUCUUUCUCAAGGAACGCGAGAUCGAACAGGUCCAACAGCGCAUUGAGUCCUCUACACACCACCAGCAACUCGAGAAGCUCAAAGAGCUUCAGAGAACUAUUGAUGGCACCAAGACUGCUGUGGAACAGACGAAGGAAACAGAAAAGAAAGCCGUUGCCAAGUGCAAGGAGAUCCAGGAGAAGAUGAAGGAUGCCAAAAAGUUCCGGGAGCGUGAACUGAAAGCUGCCGAGCAAGGUGUGACCAAGGCCAAAACAAAAUCUGAAGAGUCGCUCAAGCAACUCAAGGCCAGAGAGCAGGAAUCCGAAGAGCUGAAGCUUGAAGCUGAGAGUUUGUCCCAAGAUGUCGAUGGGCUGCGAAAGCAGCUUGCUGGUAUGGAGGAGACCCUCAAAUUACUUCAGAAGGAGCUGGAGGAACACCAGGCUACUGUGGAUGGAGCUAAGGCAUCAGCAAAGGAAGCGGAAGGUCUUGUCAAGGACAAGCGGAAAGCGCUGCAAGAAUUCAGCAAGGAAAUCAGCCGGUGUGCCGAGGACCAGAAGAACUUGGAGAAGGAGAAAAAUGAAGCCACGAUCAGCUUGAAAGAGCUGGAGCACUCCAUAGGUGUUUUGCUGAAAGAAAGCAAGGAGGCUGCACACAAUGUUCAAGUGUUGAAAGAAAAGCAUGAGUGGAUAGCACUUGAGCGCGAGUUCUUUGGCCAGCCCAACACCGCCUUUGACUUUGAGGCAAACGACCCCGUGGAGGCUGGCAGGCGCUUGUCCAAACUACAGGAAAAGAAAGACAAGCUCAGCAAGAGUGUCAACAUGAGGGCUAUGAACAUGCUGGGAAAGGCGGAAGAAAAGUAUCAAGAUCUGAUGAAGAAGAAGAAGAUCGUAGAAGAAGAUAAAGCUAAGAUUGCACGUGUCAUCGAGGAGCUUGAUGAGAAGAAGAGCGAAGCACUGCUCACGGCCUACCAACAAGUCAACAAGGAUUUCUGCUCCAUCUUCGGCUCCUUGCUGCCCGGGUCCAAGGCACGCCUGACGCCACCAGAAGGCAUGACCGUGCUGGAUGGGCUGGAGUUCCGUGUCGCAUUCGGUGACGUGUGGAAGGACAACUUGUCUGAGCUCAGCGGCGGCCAGCGUUCGUUGGUAGCGUUGUCGUUGAUUCUAGCAAUGCUGCUGUUCAAACCGGCCCCUCUCUACAUCCUCGAUGAGAUCGACGCAGCUCUGGAUCUUAGUCACACGCAGAACAUCGGACAGAUGCUGCGUACUCAUUUCCGGAACUCACAGUUUGUCGUAGUCUCUCUCAAGGAUGGUAUGUUCAAUAACGCCAACGUUCUCUUCAAGACUAAAUUUGUGGAUGGUGUUUCAACAGUGACACGUCACGUUCAGAGCUCGUCCAGUCAUCAUGCUGCUGCCGCCACUGCCAAGUCCAGCUCCUCCAGUAAACGUGCCAAAAUCAGAUGAGCGGCGACAGUGCUGACUGUAUUGUUGAAGUAUACCCAAUGCAAGACGGUCCCAUCUAUCAGUUGCAGCACGCACCACAUCAUCAAUACGACACACUCCACCACAUCAUCAAUACGACACACUCUACAAGAGGUGAAUUUCAUUUUUUUACAAUGCAAGCAGUGCAAUAACCUGAACCGGUGCAUGAGAAUAAUCAUUUGGACGCCAAUGUUUGCACGUUUUAGAUACAUAGAGACUGCUGUACAGAUGUCAUGAAACUAUAACUCCUUUUGCACCAUAUUUUCAGCUCAUAUUCUUUUCACUAAGCAUGAUAACAGUGCAGUGAAGUAGCACUGCUUGUCAUGAGAUUUUUGUUAUCAUUAUGUAUUCUUUAGACCAGUUCAUAGGCAGUAGCAGCUUUGCAUUGCUCUUCAAUCCACGACAGCUGUGCUUUCAAAGUGUAUGAUUGUAGCACACCAACGCACACUGUACCACCACCAUAUUAACCUACUCUCAAAUGAUAAUCAAGUCGUCGUCAUCUGUCUUUGGUUUUUAUAGCACUACUUCUCCUUUAGCUGUUUUCCUUUCUGUUCUCUUCUCGUGACCGGUGUUACUCUCGAUUGUUAGCAUCUCUGAUGCUGGUUUUGUAUUUCCUAGCCAUGCCAUCAUCCUCUUCCAGCUAACACAAGAAAUGUGGGGUGGCACAUGCUGUCGUCAUCACCUCAUUAUAUUCCACAAUACCAGGAAUAAACUGUGACAAUAGUGUG